CUCGAGAAGGACAUAAUGUUUAUUGUUGUGAAUUUGGCUUUAGAUGUGUAUAAAUAGGUUGCUAGUCUUUCAACUCUCCUUGUUCUUGUAGGCUUCAUUUUAGCCAUGGCUGUCAAAUUGAUUCAUAUUUCUCUCAUUCUCCUAAGUUUGGUAUCCACAUUUGAAGCUUGCCCGAAAUGUGGCAGCAUGGAUGUACCAUACCCACUUAGCACUAGUGAUAACUGUGGAGACCCAAAAUACAGGAUUUACUGUAAUAAUGGCAGUUUAGAGUUCUUGUCAGCUCAAGGAUUUUACUACAAAAUCCUUAGCAUAAACCCUAGUUCUUACAAGCUCAUAAUAAGACCACCCUCUAUACAGAAUCCCAUGUGUCAGUCUUCUGAUCUCCCUCAAGGGGGCUUAUUGCUCAAUGAUAACUCUCCCUUCAACAUAUCAACGCGUAACACUGUAAUGUUAUUUAACUGCUCUGACAACAUUUUGCUUUCUCCCUUGAACUGCUCUUCCAACAGCGUUUGUAAGCUGUUUGAAGAACAAUCUGUGGAGGGGAGUGGAUGCAGAAACACACUUUGCUGUAGUUUCCUGAAAGAUGCAUCUAUUACUUCACACAGAAUUCGAGUUAGAGUUGGAGGCUGUACUGCGUAUACUUCAGUAGUGGAAAUGAGAUCCAACGCCCCCUUUGAUUCCUGGAACUAUGGCAUUGAGUUGCAGUGGGCACCCCCUAGUGGAGAUUCUCAUUUCCGCGGCCAUUGACGGGUCAGAUCAGAAAUCUUGGCGCGGAAAGGAGUGGCUUGGUGUCAGUUUUCCGGCAGUCCUCAAAGUUUGUUGUGUGCUGUAUUUUGGAAGAAGAUCUUGUUCGUUGCAUGAUGGUUUCUUGAUACCAUGUGUAUUAAUCUUGGAGUUUGUGAUGAUUCACCUCAUUGCAUGAGAGUUUCCAAUACAAUAAGAGCUGAGGUGCUACUAUGGUGCCUUUUUAAUCGAAACACAUGUAGAAAAACUGAACGUUUUCAUUAUUA